AUGGUUUCGGUGCGGCGACGUGGCGCCUUCUUCCUGCUGUCACGCUAUCGGCGGCGUCGACGCGUGCCCGUGUGUACAGUGCUGUGUCUCGUGUGUCUAUUACUGCUCUGGGGGGACUGCCAGGCCGCGGGGGACCUCGUGGCGCGGCUGUACGACUUGGAAACGUCAGGCAGCUCCGUGGCCAAGCUCUCACUCAGUUCCAGAGCUCUACCGAGUGCUGUAACUGCAAGGCUAUCUAGCUAUUCUCUCACCUGGAGUGAGCUCUCAGGACUCAUGCAACGCGCGCUAUUGUGGGACUCUGGCUUCGUGUUCGCGUCGCCGCUAAGUUCUUCGUCGUCCUCGAGCGAAGGAGACAACGUCAAACUCGUACAGAUCUACACGUCAUGCAGUCAAGGGAUGGGCGAUUUAUUACCAGGAUUUGCCGAGAUCAGCACGCUCCAAUCUAGCGCCAACAACAGCAACUGCCAUGUCCAGGACUGUGGCAUUAUAGGCCACUUCUUGCCACCCACUUGUCCCGUGGAAAGUGUCCUCCCACUCACCAGGUGUGCAGUGCACACAUCAGAUAUGGACAGACAGAAUCAGUUUGCAGGGGUCUUCUGGGCCGAGGACGGUCGCAGUAACAGUGUUCCCGAACCUGUGUUAAGACGACACACUCCACUUGACACAGAGCCCAGUCAAGCGCUGUUCGCUGUCCACUUGUCCGAAACGACUUUCACAGGCACAGAGUCGUGUGAGCCACACACAAACUUCAUUCUUCCGUGUCGAGGCGUUGCUGACGACGUGGUCAUCACCAGCAGCAGCGGCAGUGUCAGCUUUACAGCCAAUGGCAGCGGGUUCACCGAAGUGGACUUGUGUCCAGCGUCACAUGGCGCAGCCAUGAAUGCGUGGCUAGAGCUACAAUCUGUACCAUCGCCCGAGACCUUCUCAACCACAGCCAUUGUACUGAUGUCUGUAGCCAUGUUGCUUUGUAUCGGACUAGGCGCCUCCGCGUGGUGGCUCAGUCGCUCUCGUGCUUGGCUACAAGACGCGUACGACCGCGUCAUCCUGGAAGGGUCUUAUGAUGACGGAUGCUGGUCACCAACGUCGCAUCUUCUCGGAGGGCCAUUGGCUCCGUCGUUAGCGGUAGCUGCAGCGACAGACGAAGAGCGACUCACGCCCAUGGAGGUUUUCUUCGGAGCAAGACCACGCAGUCGACGCUCGCCUGGAAUUCACGGUACUUCAGCUCUCGUCGCCACGACACGCGCCGAGAUUACGUUAUCCAACGACCAACUGUGUCGCAAGAGCUCCAUCUUGCGUGCCUUUGUGUCGGACCCGGCUAUUGUGACGAAGCGUAUUUCUUUUGCGCAGCUUCAUUUCUUGAGAUUACUAGCAAAAGGAGGCAGUGGGGAGGUCUGGUUGGGACAGUAUGAGACUCGGUAUGUGGCCAUGAAGUGCUUGUUGCCUGCGAAACGAGAAGACCGUGAGGCCUUGGAGCAGUUCGCAGAGGAGAUUCGAAUGGCUUCAUUGCUAGCACAUCCCCGUAUUGUGGCGUUCUGUGGUGUGGCGUGGCAAUCGCUGUUGCAUCUGUGUGCAGUGACAGAGUAUAUGGCACGUGGCGAUCUUGAGAAUUUGCUGGCCAACCCCGUUGCUCAGAAGGAGCUCACGUGGAGCAGAGAGAAGCUCACGUUGAGCAGUGAUAUCGUGGAAGCGCUGGUGUAUUUACACUCGCUAGUUCCCGUCGUGAUCCAUCGGGACUUGAAGUCGAAGAAUGUGCUGCUGGAUCGACGAUUACGCGCUAAGUUAAGUGAUUUCGGACUUAGUCGGGAACGAUCUGUGGAGGACACGAUGACGAACGGGAUUGGCACGAUCUUGUGGAGCGCACCGGAGGUCUUGGAGGGCAAACGCUACGACGAGAAGAGCGAUCUCUUCUCGUUUGGUGUCGUGCUGUCCGAGAUCGAUACGUGUGCUCUGCCCUACGGUUUCAGUCGCCACGCGAAGAUGCGGAGUAUGCAGAUUGUCCAUCUUGUGUCGGAAGGCAAAUUGUUGCCGAAUUUCCGUGACGAUUGCCCGCCUGCGAUUCGUGAUUUAGCGCAGAGAUGUUUGAGCUUGGAUCCAGCUGCACGGCCGACGGCAAUGGAAGUGGCCUUCGAGUUGCGCUCUGCCAUUGCACCGCAGUUGCUGCAACAACCAAUGCCCACGGUGGAAAUUGAUGGCAGCAUUAUAUCAUCCGCAUCUUCUGUCAGUGUGGUAGACAUCGAUAGUGGCGUAGACGCGAGAAAUUUUGAUGAAGAUGCAACACCCUUACGAUCUAAGUCAGAACUAGAAGUACUCAGAAAUAAGUGUCACCCGACCAGCAAUAACUUUGACACGGUUGCGAACCGACAAGAGCCACGAUUAGCUUGUGGCUGGUUGCCACUUUAUCGCGCCAUGGACACAAGCAACAAUGAAAACGAGUCCUCGACUCUUGACACGGUGCGCAAAGCUCGCUUGAUCCGUCGAGUGCCGAUUCUGGCACAUGUUGUGAAGCAGGGUCUGUGUUCGGAAGGGCAACUAUUGCGAGCCUUCGAACUCGUGACUUUUGCCGAUGGCGAGUACAUUUAUUGCCAAGGACAACCCGGACGUGACGUUCUGUUCAUAGAAGAAGGCAAAGUUUUGAUCACUCAGCGCCGACGAUCGCGUGCUAUGAGUACUUUCCGACCGGCGGGGAUAAUUCCUACGGACAGCUCCGGUGGCGCUGUAUAUACUCGAAGGAGCACUCGCAAACGUUCCCAGAUCGAAGCUGAAAUGGAAAUUCAGUUGCACAAACAUGAGGAACUCGAAUAUUUCGGCGAAGAAUCAUUGUUGCAAGGAUUUGUGUCAAGAGUUCUCAAUGCCGUGGCAAGUGGAGCUGUGACAUGUCUCAUGUUGCCAGAAGACGCAUUUGCCAGAUUAUUAGCACCCGUGCACGAAUUAAUGUUGCAUCGGCAUUUGUUGCGCAUGCAUGGGGUGAUAGCAAAACAGCGAUUAUUUCAGCACUUUUCCACACGUCAAAAGCAAUUUCUUCUGGAUCAUUGUACAGUUGAACACUACGAGGAAGGGUGCAGGAUCAUACAACAAGGAGACGAAGAUGAUGACAGAUAUUUCAUCCUAGCUGAAGGCGAAGCUGACGUCGUGCUGGACGAACAAGUGCGGGAAUUCAGACGCCCACAAAGCGCAAUACUUGGAAAUGGCGAUUCGGAAGACGUCCCGGAAGAAGAGGACACGGGUAUUAGGACGUCGAUUGUGUGUCGAAAAACGCUUUAUCAAGGAUUCGGAGAGAUGGGGAUUCUAGGUCGACCUAGAGCAACGCACGUGGUGGCAACAGGAAGUGUCAUUUGCGUGGCCAUUUCAAGGAAAACAUACAUCGGAGCGUCUCAAUUAUUAGGCGUCGGUGGUAUUGACACCGACGCUGAAGCACUUCUUGCCAUGUCGCUGAUGGAAGAGUGGGCACUCGUUGUGAAAACGCGCAAUUUGCACUUAGCCAACCCGCUGGUUUCUCGUUAUCUUGAAACUUUUGUGAAAAAAUUCAAGGCAGCCUACAUGCAAAAAUUCGAAGGCAAAACUUUAUAUCUGGAUUUAUUACGAAGAAUGCAUGCAGAUCCCACACUAGCUGACGAAUUUCCUUUCGUAUCGGACCGAGUGGCCUGGGACCAGCCUACGUCUUCACUUAGUAUCACUCGUGCCGAAACCCGACGUGUGUUAUCGUUGCCUCCAGCUGAUCGUUCUCCCUUUGAGAUCAGCUUCGUGGCUCGCUUGCUUGAGUCCACGGCGUUCGUCGAUAAAUUCGAUCGUCCCUCGCAUGUGGAUAAACUUGCACUUGCACGUGGCAUCGGUCGAUUUGCAAAUUUUGUCACUAUUCAAAAAGACAAAUUUCUUUUUAAACAGGGAAAGAUUGAGAGCCGCGCUUUUCUCAUCUUGAGAGGCAACAUCAGUAUCGUGAACGAGGACGUCAAUACGCUUCAGCCAGGGUCAACCGUCAAACAGUACGAUGUACUUGCAACUCUGUCCGCUGGCGACUCUUUUGGCGAGUUGUCACUUGUCACUCGACUGCAACGUUCAGCGUCAGCUCUAGCGGCGAGUGAAGCUGAUCUCUUAGUCCUUGAGCGCGUACAUUUGCACGCUUUAAUGGAUUUGCUACCUGGUGUGUCCGUUCAGCAUGCUAUGGUACAGCGCGCUGAGUUUUUGGCGUCACUGAGCUUUCUUCGCGAAAGUGACUUUGCUCAGUGUAUUCGAGUGGCACAUGAUCUCCAAGAGCAAUUCUACGAGCCACGCCACAUUUUUCUUCAAGAACCGGAACAUUUGCGCUCACUUUAUAUUGUAAAAAGUGGCGAAGUUGUUGUUUAUCUGCGUCGGAUGGUUCCGAUCGCGGAAGCCACGGCAACGCCUGCAACUAACGAUUCUGCAACAAGUAAAGAAGUGCUGAUUCGAGUGGCAACUAUUGGACCGCAAGAGUUUUUCGGUGUUGCAAUUGCCAGUGCAAGUAUGUUGGCAUCUGACGCUGGAGCUGUCACCUCCACUGCAACAGCCUCAAUAUUAAACAGUAAUGCUCCCUCAUCACCGACACCUCCGUCGGUACCAAAGCGCCCGGCUUCUCCUCUAAAUGCUCAACACUACGUCGCUGCCACUUUAGCGUCAGUCACAGCAAUUGGCGGUACCCCUCCAACUACCAACAGUGACGUCGCUAGAACUGUUUUUAUGUGCUCAACCCGUGUGCAAAUGCUGGAGCUAUCUGAACGUGGGUGGAGACGACUCCCACUGUCAAGUCUUCACAGCAUCCGCAACUCUUUACUAGAACGACAUCGCUGGAACCUCGAAAUAGUGGAAAAGCAACAGCAACAAAGCAAUCCUGCCUACUUUUUUGUGGACAAACCGUGGCAAUGUAUCGUCACUUCCACAGCCCUAAAGAAGCCGAAUGGGGACAACAAAGACACACAAACGCGACUUCUGGAAGCUGUACCGGCAACUAAAUUGGCUCGUCGAAUUCAGGACAAGAAAUAUCUACAACAGCAACAAGGACACAACAAUGCCGUCUCCCGACUGUUUUCUCCUGCCCCACUAACGCCAACUAAGCCGUGUAAACCCGGUCGACUCCUGCUCCCUGUUGCAAUGCCACCAUCAAGUCGUGGGGCGCCAAUUUAUGGCACAAGUCCAUUAAAAUCGACGUCGACUGGACUAGCUGCCUUUACUCAAGACAAAACUCUAGCAUCGUCACUAGGUUCACCAUCACUCCCAGGUUCACCGUCACUCUUCUCACCUACUCGUGUAACGCAAAUUGGGCCAAGUCUUAGCGGAUCUUUUCAACCGAAAAAUGGAGCAAUGGUAUCUCCGGCAAGUGUACACGCAUUUUUUGCGCAACCAACCGGCAAUUCUCCAAUUGGGUUGUCACCGCGCCCACCACUAAAAUUUUCACUUCCAAUUGGAAGUCCAAGCCCAAGGCAACUUCGAGGAGAGGACACCCAGCAACGAAGAUCAAGCACUACUCCUCACCAAGACACAGCAACAAUUGCACAGACAGCAAGAGAAAGUGACUGCAAGGCCAUGUGGAAACUGCAGCGAACUCCUUCCAUGAAAUAGUAAAGCCACAUUAUCAUUUCCUUUGCCAGAAGGCGUUGAAGUUGCCUUCGUCCCAUCUUCUAAGAGUCACGUGCCAAACAGCGAAGAAAGUGACUGGUGUUCACUAUUGCACAGUUUUUUUCUUUCAUUCACCAAAUUGCCACACGACAGCGACGAUGAUGAAGACUGCGCUGUUGCCACUAGGCACCGUUGUGCCCGUCACGGAGGUGUUGCCCGCCCCCGCCGUGCGCUUCCGCCUGCAGU